AUGAAUGCGAAAUGUUUGGUCAGAUUGUGUCAUAGUGCUGUCGUGAGACCGCCGUACCCGAAAUCGUGGUUGCCUGCGAUUUUUGUGCAUUCGAAGAAGAGACCACAUAAUGUGCAACAACCGAUAUCGCCAUAUGAGGAAUUUUCCCCGGAUUUCCAGUUUUCUUUGCAAGAUGAAGAAAUGACCUCACACAGCGAAAAUACUCUUCCGAAAACACUUUCUAAAAAAGAGCUCUAUAUUCAAGCUUGUGAAGAAAUAAAUGCAAAGAAGAGUGGAUGUGCUCCAUCGAAAAGAGCUCUUACACUUGUGCGGGGAGUGUUGCAUGCCCGCUCACUCUUGAAAACCUCACUUUCGGAUCGGUCAGUGACUUUGUUCAAUUUUCAUACGACAGAUUUCGCCGAGAAGCUCUUACAGUCAAACAUCGGAAGUCUCGUCAUCGUCGAGAGUGAUCGCAAUUAUGCUAGAGCAGCUAAGGCUUUUGCUCGUACUCAACGAGCUCAAUCUCGAAAUGUGGCAGCUUAUCGUACAGAGCUGGGCACGCUCUUGGGGAUUUCACGCAAAAAGGUAUCGGGAUUCCCGUCGCACUUACUCUCUGCUCGAUCUGAAGUGCCGAGAAAUCCUUUUGCACUCACCAGUACGGAUCCUCAAGAUGAGUCUGGUAAUCCUUUCUCGAGAUCUCCAAUUCUGGCCAGCACACUUCCAACAGUAUUACAGCAAACGUCUGUUCUAGAAGCUCUCUUGAACAACCUACUUCUACACUAUUCUGGAAUAGAUGAGGAAACAAUUUAUGCUUAUGGACAGAUAGAGCUGAUCACAUUUCUCAGUGCAUUCACGUUAUCUCAUCUUCUGGCUGGGGUGGAUCCUCGUUUGUCAUUUUUGUCACAUUCAUAUCGUAGAAGAUCCGAAUUAUUCUUCAAGUUGUUUGAUAUUGAAUUAUUACGGGUAGAAGGAUAUUCUCGUCGUUCAUUCAUUCCUGCUAUAUGUGUACCGAAACGAAUACCUCAUGAGAAAAAGUUGAAGGAACUUAAUAUAAUCAACGGAUUACUGUAUGCCACCGCUAUACGACCGAUUCGGUGCAUCACAUUAGGCGAUGUUGAUAUUGGAGUUCACAAUGAUCGUGGAUCAACGUUGGACGCUCGUUGUUUGUUACCGUUCGCGUACUGGUUGAAUCUUAUAGGAAAGCAGCAGGCAUCGAAGAAAACGAAAAAAGUCCUCGAGGAGUUGGGCUUUGAAUCUACGUCCGUUGCCCUUCAAAAAAUCGACGGGAAGCGUUCAAUUGGGCAAGCAUCAACCGAUGAUCUAGAACACGCUUUUAUUGCUGUACGAGAAGAGUUGGAGCAGACAAAUGGGUUUGAAAAGUACAGGGAAAUGAUAAUCUCUAGGCGAAGCGCAUAA